AUGGUAUUAACACAUAGACCAGCAACCAAUUCCAAUGAAAACCAGUCAUCUCAACAACAAAAACCCUAUUAUUGGUGGAUUGUUCUUCCUGUUAUUGUUGUUUCUAUGACAACAGCAACAACUGAGCCAGUUAUUCUUAAUGAUCUUUUGAUUCAACGUUAUCAAGUCGUAUAUGGACUUGUGAAUGCAAGUUCACCAUCAAGUGAAACAGCUUGUAAUACAGAGGAUCUUGCUAAUAAUACAGCGAUUCUUGAGUUAGCUGACGACGUACAAAAAUCAGUUAGUCAUUUAAAUAUAAUAAUGGCUGGCGUUGGAGCAAUACCAGCUGUAUUAUCUUAUGUUAUUCUUGGUGCUAAUUGUGAUCGUAUUGGACGAAAACCUCUUUUAAUUCUUCCAUGUAUAGGAAGAAUUAUUCGAUAUACUAUCUUUGUAUUACUUGUACAACUAGAUCUUAGUGAUAUUUGGUUUAUUAUAGCUAAUAUUAUUGAUGGUUUAUUUGGUUCAAAUAGUGUUCUUUUACUCGGAGGUAUUGCUUAUAUAACUGAUUGUACAACAGAUAAACAACGAUCAAGUGCUAUGGUAUUAGAAGAAGCUGCAGUUGCUUUAACUCGUAUAUUUCCAUUAUUAGGUGUUGGUUUUUGGUUACAACAACAUGGUCAUACAUUACCCAUGGCAGUUAAUUUAGGUAUAAAUGUCGGUGCAUUAAUUUAUAUAAUGGCUUUUCAACCUGAAUCACGUGGUGAAAAUAAUUGGCAUAUUUUACAUUUUUUAAAACAAUUAAGUAAAGUACGUUUAACACCUAUACCUGGUACAUAUCGAGUUUUUCUUAAAAAACGUACUGGAAAUGAUCAACGAUCAAUAAUAUUAUUUACAUCAGCACAGAUUGUACUUUUCAUUGUUUUAUUUGGUUUUGUAAGCAUUGAUUCACUUUAUGUUUAUGGAAAACCAUUAUGUUUUAAUGCAUUAGAUUUAGCAAUAGCGACUAGUGCACAAUUUUCUUUAAUGAUAUUUGUAUCAAUUAUUCUUAGUUUCUGGCAAACUAGAUUUACAAAUUCAUUAUAUUUACCAUGUAUUGCAAUAUUAAUGUAUUCAAUACAUUUAGUUAUUUUUGGUAUAGCUCAAACUACUUGGGUUGUCUAUCUUGCUUUUUUUAUUGGAUGUUUACUUUUUGUUGUUAUGGCUGUCAUACGAGCACAUUUAACAAAAUUAGUUAAUGAUACUGAAUUUGCACUUGUUUUUAUAGCUACUGGAAUUGCUGAAACACUUGGAUCAUAUGUUGUUGGUAUUGUUGCUAAUGAAAUAUAUGCCGAAACAAUUGCAGUAUAUCCUGGAAUAAUUUUUUUUAUAUUAGCUUUCCUCACAUUAAUACCAUUCAUUCUUAUUGGAUUACUUUUAUUAUGGUCAUUGUGUAAAAGAAAGAAUACAACAACAAUAGAAAUUAAUCAAGAAGAUGCAGGAAGAACAACACAUGAUAAUAUAGUUAAACGUGAUAGCUCAAUUAUGGAAACGGCAUUUUAA